UGCAUCGGGCAUGGAUCCCAGGCACCCUGUUGGCAGUGGUAAAAAAAGAAAGGGUCGUGCAUCGAGCAGAGAUUGUGGGCAGGAUCCUGAUUGGCAGGAAAGUGACUGGAAGCCACACAAGAUCCCCUUCAGUGCCAGACCUGGUCCGCAGAGCGCUGCUGCAGAGAUGACUUCUGAAUCGCCAGCAGACUUCUUUGAGCUCUUCCUAACUGAUGAGCUGUUAGGCCACAUUGUAGAGCAGACAAACUUGUAUGCACAGCGAUAUUUUGAGGCCCACCCCUACACACCACACAGUAGGCAAAACGCAUGGAAACAGGUGUCAGUUCAAGAAAUGAAAUCAUUCUUUGGGCUAACAUUCCUCACUGGCUUUGUAAAAAAGCCAAACUUGGAGCUUUAUUGGAGUGUGGAUGAGGUGGAUGCCACCCCAUAUUUCUCCAGGACUAUGUCACGAAACAGGUUCCAGCUCAUAUGGAGGUUCCUACAUUUCAAUGAUAACAGAGCCAAGGAUGCCACUGACCGGAUGUACAAAGUCCGGCCAGUGUUGGAUUCCAUUGUGGAUAAAUUCAAAGAGCUGUACCAACCUAGGCAGAAUAUAUGCAUUGGUGAAGGGAUGAUGCUGUGGCGGGGGCGUCUCUCCUUCAGGGUGUACAACCCUCAAAAGCCCGUGAAAUACGGCAUUAAAUCGUAUAUAUUAUGUGACUCUGCCACAGGGUACUGUUUCAACAUGAAGCCUUAUGUUGGGGUAGGAAGCACCCUGCCAGAUACAGUGUUUGGGCUCUUAGAUCGUCUCCAAGGUCACGGUUACACACUACACAUGGAUAAUUUCUACAACUCUGUGGCUCUUUGUGAGCGUUUGGUAGCAGCAAAUGUCAAUGUGUGUGGAACUCUCCGCAAAAACAGGGGGGAACCAAAGGUCAUCACUGAGGUGACAAAGUCUGACCACCAAGAUAGGAUGGAGCGGGUGGACGUGUGGCAGAAAGGACAAAAAAACAAGGUGUCCCAGCUGAAGUCAGAAUGCAUCGUUGCAGACAACGCUUGCAUGAAUGGGGUUGACAAGUUAGAUCAGAACAUUGCUCAUUACCCCUUUAUCCGAAGGUCGCUAAACUGGUCCAAAAAGUUUGUAGCCUAUCUGUUUCAGAUUGCUAUGUUCAACGCCCAUGUCCUAUACAGAGCCAAGAACCCAGGGGAGUGCAAAUCCCAUUUGGAAUUCAUUAGGCAAGUAGUAAGGUCCUGGACUUCACAACGACAAGAGGAUGAGGAGGGAGAGAAGAUGGAGGAGGAUCCUGCAGGUGUGGGGGCUGAGGGGGGCGGGGACUCCCAGCAAGGCAGAGGCAAACAGAGGGCCCCUUACAACACAGACCCAGAGAGUCGUCUAGAUGGGCGGAUGAGAAAUCAUCAGCUUGUAUACAUGCAGGGUACUGACAAAACGAAAAAGCCAAAGAGGAGGUGUCGAGUUUGUAUACGCAGGGGUCUGCGUAGAGAGACCAAAAUGUGGUGCCGAUCCUGUUGUGUCCCCCUGCAUGCAGGAGAAUGUUUCAAUGCCUACCACACAAAAAAGAAUUAUUCGUAGGGAUACACACACACACACACACACACACACACACACACACACACACACACACACACACA